AUGCCACCCUUCCGACCAUCAUGCCGCGCCUUUCGAGCUCUCGAGCUCCCCCAGACCGGCGCAUCUAGACGCGCACUACAUCCGAACUUCUUCACUUCGAGACAGAGCGCUUUCGCACGGAGAUGCAUGUCAGAUGGGCCUCCAAAACCAAAAACAGACCCAUUGGAGGAAUGGCGGAACCCUAAGCCUAGCAAAUGGCCCAACAGGAUACGGUUCCUCAUGCUGCCCUUCAUCGGAGCUAUAAUUUACUCCAUGUACACCGAUACAACAAUCUACGAAGCCGAGCCUCCAUCCAUCGCCGAGAAAGAUUCUGUUCUCAAACGUGAGAAUGGCAUCAACGAGCAGUCGCCGAUGCGCUUGCGCAUGGAACAAUUCAUAAAACAGCACCAGAAGGAGAUCGUUGCCGAGCUCGAGAAGGUGGAUGGCAAGAAGUUCAUCGUAGAUUCAUGGCAGCGAGCAGAGGGCGGCGGAGGCAUAAGCUGUGUGCUGCAAGAUGGCAACGUGUUCGAGAAGGCCGGCGUAAACAUCUCAGUCGUGUACGGACGUCUUCCGAAACCAGCGAUUGCGAAGAUGCGCGCGAAUCACAAGGCGCUCGAUCCGACCGUAGAUUCCCUAGAGUUCUUCGCCAGCGGUCUCAGCAUGGUCCUGCACCCGAAGAACCCCAACGCACCGACCGUGCACCUCAACUACCGCUAUUUUGAGACCGCCGACGACCAGGGCAAUACGAAUGCGUGGUGGUACGGCGGCGGUUGUGACCUUACCCCGUCGUAUCUCUACGAUGAAGACGCGAUCCACUUCCACAACACCAUCAAGCAGGCCUGUGACAAGCACGACAAGGGCUAUUACCCGCGAUUCAAGAAAUGGUGCGACGAGUACUUCAACAACAAGCACCGAGGCGAGACGCGCGGUAUUGGCGGAAUAUUCUUUGAUGACCUCGACGAGACAGAAAAAGACCAGGAACAGCUCUUCUCCUUUGUGCAGGAUUGCUUGUCCGCGUUCCUACCCUCCUAUCUUCCGAUCAUCAACAAGAGGAAGGACAUGCCGUUCACGGAAGAGCAGAAGCAGUGGCAGCAACUCAGGAGAGGGCGAUAUGUGGAAUUCAACCUCGUGCAUGACCGAGGAACCGCAUUUGGUUUGAAUACCCCAGGUUCAAGAGUAGAGAGUAUCCUGAUGAGUCUGCCUCUCACCGCGAGAUGGCAGUACAUGCACGAGCCAGAAAAGGGUAGCAGGGAGGAGAGGCUACUAGAUGUGCUCAAGAAUCCCAGAGAGUGGGUGUAA